CCCGCGGCGGCCCGGCGCACCGCGGCGCCUCGCGUCGCCCGACAUAAAACGGUACGCGGCACCUGCAGGUGUCACAGUCUCCCUCGCCGCCCACCCACAGCAGCACGCAGCUGCAGCAGGACGAGCAUUGCGACAGCUGCAGGUGCACACCGGUGAUCCCGAACAACAGCUCCCAGUGCACAGUGCUCGACCACCGCGAUGGCCCCCUCCAACAACACCCUCCUGCUCGCGGUGCUGGUCCUCGUGCCCGCCGCCGUCGUCGCGGCGUCCCCGCGGGCGGACAUCCCAGCGCUGCCGACCUCCAGCGUCCAGACGCACUACAACGAGACGGGCACGUCGACGACCAGCGAGCCGGCGGCUGACGGCUGCAACUGCGUGUGCGGGCUCGCGCGGCGGACGCGCAUCGUGGGCGGCGAGGAGGCCAAGGAGGGCGAGUACCCCUGGCUGGCCGCGCUGUCCCGCCGGGGCAAGUUCUACUGCGGCGGCGCGCUCAUCUCCAAGAAGCACGUCCUCACGGCGGCCCACUGCAUGUACGGCAUGACCCCCAAGGACAUCACGGUGACCAUGGGCGUGCACAACCGCUCCUCGUCGCGCUGGGCUCCCGGCCGCAUCGAGCGCAAGCUCGCCAAGGUCUCGGUGCACGAACGCUUCGACGUGUCCAACUUCAACAACGACAUCGCCAUCCUGGAGCUGAGCCGCGAGGUGCACAUUGACGGCGAGGGCGAGCUGGCGCGCACCGUGUGCCUGCCCGGGGCGGAGCGCGAGUACGCGGGCCAGAUGGGCACGGUCACGGGCUGGGGCCGCACCGGCGAGCGCAGGCCCGUGUCGGACGUGCUGCGCAAGGUGGAGGUGGCCCUCAUGUCCGAGGAGGACUGCAAGAAGGCCGGCUACCCGUCCACGCGCAUCACCGACAACAUGAUCUGCGCCGGCUUCCCGAAGGGCCUGAAGGACGCCUGCCAGGGAGACAGCGGCGGCCCCCUCGUCCUCGGCGCCGAGGACAGCCCCAGUGCGGAGGUCAUCGGGAUCGUGUCGUGGGGGCGCGGAUGCGCGCGGCCCAACUUCCCCGGCGUGUACACCCGCGUGCACAAGUUCCUCCCCUGGAUCCGCGAGCAGAUCAAAGACACCUGCCUGUGCAAGCCCGCCGCCUGAGGACUGCGCAGACUCGACCGGAAACAACAAGAUCCGUUGUUGUCCCCGUUCGCAAGUGCGAGCGCGUGAUGUCAGACGACAUACCCUUCGGUUCUUAAUUAAUGAAAGUGAGAGGAGAGAUAAAGUGCUGCAGUUACCCAAUACUGAUUCUAGUCAAUUCAGUGGUUUAAGUUUCGUUGUAAAAGGGGAGGGAGUAGUAGGAAUUAAUUGUUAAGUUCUUUAGGGGAUGGGGAAGUCCCUACCCAACAUUUACUAAUAUUUUAUUUAUCUUGGUAGUGGUCGAUGGAUUGGAGACUGAUUUUUAAAUUGUUAAUACCUGUAUUAAGGUUGUUUCUUAUGUUUGUUGUGGCUCACUGUAAUGGGGAAAGUUUUAGUAGUGGGAUAGUAUGAAGAUUCGCACAAGUGGUGCAGAUAGGGAAGUAGUGAUGCCAAUGUUUUAUUGAAUUAUAACUUAUUUAAAAUGUGAUUUAUUCUAGAUGUGCGUCUAAGAGAUAUGGCUGUUACUAAUUAUAGCAUAAUAAACGACAAGUUGUUAAACUUCAA